GAAAAGUUGGGGAGAGAAAGAGAUUUCUGACGUUCCGAUAUUAACGGAAAAUUAAAUUCGAAAGGAUAAAGAAAUGAUUGGGAUCCGACUGGAUUCAGGAAUCGGCUCUACUGCUUCGCUUCUUCUACUUGGUUCGAUUUUGCUCUUCUUUCCUUCAGGAACUGUUUCGUCUGGAAUAGUUACUCUAAAAUCAAUUCAGAUUUUUACUACCCAUGGAUUGUUAAGUAGACCAAUUUUUAGUUCUUAUGGGUUAGUAACUGCACCAACAGUUUAUUUUAAUUGUCAAGGAGAGAACAAGACAAAUUUGCCUGAUGUGAAGAAGAAAAACUCCCUGUACACUUUUAAGGAUGAAGAGUCUUGGCAGCCAGUGACAGAGUUUCUUAACAAGAAAUGUAAGCGCUGUGGUUUCUAUGAGAAGAAUAUUAUCAUGUCAGAUGGUGUAUUUGAUGAGUGGGAGUUUUGUCCGUCUGAUUUUAAGGCUUCUGAUGGAGUGUACGUAAGGUUGAAGGAUAAGGAAGUCAGUGCUACAUUUUAUUGUCCUGAAUGCGUUCCUCGUCAUGGAAGGGAUGUUGUAGCUCGGAAUCAUACUCUCAGAUCAGAUAAUGGUGGCACCAAGGGAAACAGAAUGCGUGUAACUUCUGUGAUUUUCAUAGCCGUAUUAGCUUCAAAUGGGUUCAUCAUUGGAGUACUCUAUCGGUACUGGCUAAGGAAGAAGAGCAUGCAGGCUCGAAGUGGGAGAAGACACAGAUUAUCUUGAAUAGAAUAAAGAGAAGCUCUUUCCGUCUCUCAGUAACCCCACCCUCUCUAUAACUGAUCUGUGUUUGUUUGCUGUUCGAAUCUGCUUCUCUUUUUAGCAGAAUGGAGCAGCCGUUGCUUUGUGAUGGGUUUUGGUUGUGGGUUGUUAUCAGUAUGGAAAUAAUGGCUGUUGCGGCUGUAGUGGUGAUAUAGUAGUAAUGGGGGACUGGUGAAGGUUUCUAUUGAAGGAUACAGUGGAGUAUUCAAUUCGGUGGUUAUGUAGUUGGUGGGUGUCUUGGCAGUGUCAAAGCACUAAGCAGAUGUUUUCUUUUUUGUUUUUGUUUUUGCUUUUGUUUUGAGUUGUUGUUUUGCUUUGUUGUGAUUGUUUGUUAGUAUUUUGUAUAUAGAUGGUUCGCUUCAUCCUGCAUUCUCCUUGGUGUUUUGGUUAGUAAAGAGAGAAGAACUACCCUUCAUGUCCCUUCA